AGACCAGCCGUACGCAUUCUACGUAACGGACGAUGAAGCUACGUGAAUUGUAGGGUGCUGUGACUGAGCUACCUGUCCUGGUCUGUGUCCCAGUGUCAUCGCGGCCCUCAAAAAUUUUUGCGACCUGAAGGAGAAGGCCAGACCCAGGCAGGCUGGGUGGAGGUGGUGGCCUCAGAAGCCCCGGGCCGGGUUGCAGCCUCGGGUACAGCUUAUUUUUAAGACGCAAUGAAAGCCUUCUAUGUUCUCUGUGCUGUGCUUUUGGUGUUCGGGAGUGUCUCUGAAGCCAAGUUUGAUGAUUUUGAGGAUGAGGAAGACCUAGUAGAGUAUGAUGAUAAUGAUUUCGCUGAGUUUGAGGAUGUCAUGGAAGAUUCUGUUACGGAAUCUCCUCAGCGAGUGAUAACCACUGAAGAUGAUGAAGAUGAGACCACUGUGGAGUUGGAAGGGCAGGAUGAAAACCAAGAAGGAGAUUUUGAAGAUGCAGAUACCCAGGGAGAUACUGAAAGUGAGCCAUAUGAUGAUGAAGAAUUUGAGGGUUAUGAAGACAAGCCAGAUACCUCUUCUAGCAAAAAUAAAGACCCAAUAACCAUCGUUGAUGUUCCUGCACAUCUCCAGAACAGCUGGGAGAGUUACUAUCUAGAGAUCCUGAUGGUGACUGGUCUGCUUGCCUAUAUCAUGAACUACAUCAUUGGGAAGAAUAAGAAUAGCCGACUUGCUCAGGCCUGGUUUAAUUCUCAUAGAGAGCUUUUGGAGAGCAAUUUUACCUUAGUGGGGGAUGAUGGGACUAACAAAGAGGCCACAAGCACAGGAAAGUUGAAUCAGGAGAACGAACACAUCUAUAACCUGUGGUGUUCGGGCCGAGUGUGCUGUGAAGGCAUGCUUAUCCAGCUGAGGUUCCUUAAGAGGCAAGACUUGCUUAAUGUCCUGGCCCGGAUGAUGAGGCCAGUGAGUGAUCAAGUGCAAAUAAAAGUAACCAUGAAUGAUGAGGAUAUGGAUACGUAUGUGUUUGCUGUUGGCACUCGAAAAGCUUUGGUGCGACUUCAGAAAGAGAUGCAGGAUCUGAGUGAGUUUUGUAGUGAUAAACCUAAGUCUGGAGCAAAAUAUGGACUGCCAGACUCUUUGGCCAUCCUGUCAGAAAUGGGAGAAGUUACAGAGGGGAUGAUGGAUACGAAGAUGGUUCACUUUCUUACACACUAUGCUGACAAGAUUGAGUCUGUCCAUUUUUCAGACCAGUUCUCUGGUCCAAAGAUUAUGCAAGAGGAGGGUCAGCCUUUGAAGCUGCCGGACACUAAGAGGACACUAUUGUUUACAUUUAAUGUGCCUGGCUCAGGUAACACGUACCCAAAGGAUAUGGAGGCUUUGCUACCCCUGAUGAACAUGGUGAUUUAUUCUAUUGACAAAGCCAAAAAGUUCCGACUCAACAGAGAAGGUAAACAGAAAGCAGAUAAGAACCGGGCACGAGUGGAAGAGAACUUCUUGAAGCUGACACAUGUGCAGAGACAGGAGGCUGCACAGUCUAGGCGGGAGGAGAAGAAAAGAGCCGAGAAGGAGCGGAUCAUGAAUGAGGAAGACCCUGAGAAACAGCGCAGGCUGGAGGAAGCUGCUUUGAGGAGAGAACAAAAGAAGUUGGAGAAGAAGCAAAUGAAAAUGAAACAAAUCAAAGUGAAAGCCAUGUAAAGUCACCCCAGAGGUCUCCGUCCAUGUCACCUGUAAGCUCUGCGUCCACAGGAAACGGGAAAAGCACGAGCCGUUUCUCCCUUAAAUUUCACAUAGUCCCAGUGACUGAGAGUCCUUAUUUCACCCUCUCCUCUUGGUUUGGAGUUCUACAGAGGUUGUAGAUACAUUGAAAGGGCUUUCAGUUAUUUCCUUCCAGAUAAUCAAAUUAGUUUGAUUGUUUUAUAAAAGAAUGGUAUAUAAAGUAUGUAGUUUUAAAAUAUUUUAAAAUUAUAACGUGAAUCAUCAGUGCUUUACUUUAGUGUUUAAAGAACAAUCAUGAAAUUUCUAGAUAGGUUGUUGCUUUUUGUUUAAACUGAGCAAUUGGAAUAACUGUGGAGACCAACUCUAAACCAAGAUCCCAAGAGUUUCUAUUGGAAUUGCACAAUAAACAUUGCUUGUUUUU